AUGGCUACCACCUCCGAUCUCCCCGCCGGCGAUGUCAAUAGCUACGACUAUCUCAUCGUCGGCGGCGGCACCGCGGGCUGUGUCAUUGCUAGCCGGCUGGCCGAGUACUUGCCCAACAAGCGCAUUCUGCUCGUUGAGGCUGGUCCCAGUGACUUUAUGGAUGACCGUGUGCUCCUCCUGAAAGAGUGGCUCAGCCUGCUUGGAGGCGAGCUUGACUAUGACUAUACCACUACGGAACAGCCCAUGGGUAACAGCCAUAUCCAUCACUCCAGGGCCAAGGUGUUGGGUGGUUGCUCCAGUCACAACACUCUCAUCUCCUUCCGCCCCUUCGAAUAUGACUGCCGUGUUUGGGAGAAGAAGGGUUGCAAGGGCUGGUCUUUCCAGACCAUGACUCGCGUGAUUGACAAUCUCCGCAACACUAUACAGCCCGUCCACAGCCGUCACCGCAACCAGCUGUGUAAGGACUGGGUCCAGUCCUGCUCGACUGCCAUGAACAUUCCCAUCAUCGACGAUUUCAACAAGGAAAUCCGCAGCAAGGGCGAGCUGACGGAGGGUGUUGGCUUCUUCUCCGUCUCAUACAACCCGGAUGAUGGCCGACGCAGCAGUGCCAGUGUCGCCUAUAUCCAUCCCAUUCUGCGUGGAGAAGAAAAGCGCCCGAAUCUAACCAUCCUCACAAAUGCCUGGGUGUCCCGCGUCAAUGUCAGUGGGGAUGUUGUCACCGGGAUCGAUCUCACACUGCAAUCUGGAGCCAAGCGAACCCUGCGGGCCAGGAAGGAGACCAUCCUGUGCGCUGGUGCCGUCGAUACCCCGAGGCUCAUGCUGCUUUCCGGACUGGGACCCAAGCAGCAGCUGACCUCUCUAGGAAUCCCUGUGGUGAAGGAUAUUCCUGGAGUUGGCGAGAACCUCCUUGACCAUCCCGAAUCUAUCAUCAUCUGGGAGCUCAACCGCCCCGUGCCUCCAAACCAGACCACCAUGGAUUCCGACGCUGGAAUCUUUUUGCGUCGGGAAGCCCCUAAUGCUGCCGGUGACGACGGCCGGGCUGCUGAUAUCAUGAUGCACUGCUACCAAAUCCCGUUCUGUCUCAACACAUCUCGUCUGGGAUAUGAUACUCCAAAGGACGCCUUCUGCAUGACUCCCAACAUCCCUCGUCCACGUUCUCGUGGCCGGCUCUACUUGACAUCUGCAGACCCCAAUGUUAAGCCAGCUUUGGAUUUCCGCUACUUUACCGAUCCCGAGGGCUACGACGCAGCCACCAUCGUCGCCGGUCUUAAGGCCGCGCGAGAAAUCGCCAAGCAGGCGCCAUUUAAGAACUGGAUCAAGCGUGAGGUAGCUCCGGGCCCCAAGGUCCAGACGGACGAAGAGCUGUCUGAGUAUGGCCGUCGCGUCCACCACACCGUCUACCACCCGGCAGGAACCACCAAAAUGGGAGAUGUGACCCGGGACCCUCUUGCCGUCGUCGACCCUCAAUUAAAGAUUCGUGGCUUGAAGAAUGUUCGUAUCGCAGACGCUGGCGUCUUCCCCGAGAUGACCACCAUCAACCCUAUGGUGACCGUCUUGGCUGUUGGAGAACGGGCGGCUGAGUUGAUCGCUGAGGAGGCUGGUUGGCGCCGUGAGCAGCCAAAACUGUAA